UCGAGGGCGAGGGUUUGCGCGGUAGCGCGACAGGUCUGUGUCUGGAGUACAAGGAGGGAGGGAAACUAUGGAAAGGGGAACGAUGGCGGUGAAGAAAUGACAAGUUUGGGAGUAUAAAUUUCACAAGAGUUGUCUACUGAGGAGUCUUCCGCGCAUAGGACGAUGAAACAAGUGACCAUAKGAGAUGGCCACCACAUUACGCAUGAUUUGAGGUAAGGGCGCCGGAGAAUCUCAGCGGGGCCCUUGGCACUGGUCGAGAGAGAACAACAAUAGUGGAACAAGAAACAAGGAAAUACUUAGUUAUAUCUCUUCCCAAGACACUCCCUGUAAAUCUUUGAAAAUGAUAAAAGCCGAGAGCAAAGGAGAAAGGACUCUGAGGAGUGCGUCGCCGCAUAGAAAUGCAUACAAGUCGGACUUCCAUGCUAUCAAGUGCUCAUUUGAUGGGACGAAAUCCGAAGGUGCUGCAAAGACGUAUGCAAAUGGGUCUAGCGACACCCGGGAGGACACGAGGGGGAGGCCUUUUGGCAAUCGGGUGAACAAGAUAAAGAAUAUUUUCCUGCAAAUGGAUGGUCAGCAGCAAGAGAGUCAAGAGGUGAAAUCUGAUGUGUUGCUGGUCUCCCCACCAAAGGUACCAUUUGCAGUCAUCACACACAAAACAAGCUUGAGCAGUGCCACUAGCCCAGAAUCUCAAAGUCUAGACAAAAACCCCAAGGGAGAAGAUGUCGAAAUUGACAAAGCAGCUUUGGCAGAGAAGUUUUGCUCGACCAGAAAACUCUUUGAGAGGAGCGUCAAAGAACAACCCGCAGCGGAGAAGUCUCCCAACAGAGUUGUAAGCCGGGUGUCCCUGGGCAGUGUGUCUGAUGGGGGGAAAAGUACCAGGAGAUUGUCGGGGUCCACUGAGACAAGCAACAUCAAAACAGAGCCAGGUCCUACACCAUUGGUGAAAAGCCGGCCGGAUGAGAGGAGUGAUACUGAGGAGACAAAACACGUGUCCAGGUUGUCACUGAAUGCUGGACCCAUGUCCAAGCGGCUAGACAACUUCAUUGUGGACAGUGACGACGCGGCAAAAGCCACAGAGAUGUCAUCUAAAGUAUGCGGUCCCACUGAUCGCUCACUGCCUACGUCUCUGACAAGGGAAGGUUUGUAUAAAUCCACCACUCCAACUAGUGAUGCCACUAACAAACCCACCUCCAUCGUUACCGGUGUCAUUCUCAAACCAACCUCCCCAGUCACUAACGCCACCCGAAAACAUAUUUCCCCAACAGCCAAUGCCACCCAAAAACCCAUCUCCCCAGAGCCCGUAUCCCCGGGCGGCCAAAGCUCUUACAAGCGCUCCGCCKCAACCAGUGACGGUUUCAGUAGACCAUCUGUGAGUAGCGAUGGAGUAAAACCCUCCAGCCCAUCCCCCAGGGAUCAAAAACAGACUACCACGAUUGCCAGUAGCGUUUACAGUAGCAACAGGGCCAAAACCUCAGACAGUGCCAAGAGUGAUGGGCAUGUGGCACAGAGUCUCACCAUGGAAAAUCCACCUGCCCAGGCCUCAUCUCUGCCUGGUAUGGUCCGGGCUGAGCUCGUAGUGGUCCAAAAUGAGUCAUCCGAGAGCGAGGAGAAUGAAGAUGAGAAUGUCGAAGACAGUGUUUUUGAGGAGAUGAACAUGCACCCCCCUAAAGAGCUAAAAGAAUCACCAGCAAAGGUGAUCAGUCAGAAUGAUGACCCCCGUCGGCAGAUCUUAGAGAAAGAUGAGGGCAAGGAGACCGCGAUUACACUGGAGAAGGAAGGAGGAAGUCAAGUUGAGGAGUUGCAGCAGUAUGAACUGAAAGAGGAGAGGAGGGAAGACACAAGUCCUGUAAAUCAAACUGGGGGUUGCAAUGAGGAAGAGGUGGAUGAGGAGGUUGCUGAGGAGGAGAGUGAACAGGUGGAACAAAGAAUCAGGGGCAAGGUUUCCCCAGUGGUGUACGGCAUAGAGAACGCAGCAUUUGUGGACGAUAGGGAUACUGACCAGAUCCUCAAGGAGGAGGACGAGGAGGAGGAACAAGAGCAGGAAGAGCAGCCCUGUGAGGAGAAGUAUGAAGAGGACUUUGAGGAUGCCCCUGGACUCUCAGAUGAGGAGGAACCAGAACCACGGAGGAAGAUCAAGUUCUCAACAUCACCAAUACGGGUAAGAAUGUAUUAUUUCAUAAAAAAGUGAAAUGUCACAUUGUUA